CAGAUGCUGUGUGACAUGGACCAGGUGACAGCAAUACGGUUCAUCCUGCGGCAGCCCUCCCCAGUCUGGCUCCACUUCACCAUCGAGGAGCUGCAGAUUUUCCCCCCUGGACAGAAGAGCCCCCAGAAGGAUUUCCCCUCUUGGCUCUCCCAGCUGACCCCUCCGGAGCAGCCAGCCAGCCUGCAUGGGCUCCCUGACCCGGAGAAGGUGUCAACAGAGGUCCAGCAAAUGUGGGUGCUGACGGAGGUGAUCCGGGCUCGCCAGGCAGCUGCCCGCAUCGGGCGCUUCGACGUGGAUGGCUGCUAUGAUGUAAACCUGCUUUCCUACACGUGA